UUGCGGGAUGUGAGCUUGAAUCUGUGGAAUGUCUACAGCAAGAUGGAUCCUAUGUCUCUGGAGAACUUGCUUUCAGAGGAUUUGGUAGCUUUUGAACAUCAGUGGACUAGCUUCUUCGCUAAUUUUGACACAGAAAUUCCUUUUCUGCUGGAACUUUCAGAAUCUCAGGCGGGUGAGCCAUUCAGAAGUUACUUCAGUCAUGGAAAGAUCUCCAGCCAUAUAACUGAAAAUAGCCCUAAUCGGCAGCCAUUUGUUCUCUUCGGUAAUCACUCCACACAAGAAAACCUGAAUGCUGGCAACUUUAACUUCCCUUCUGAAGGGCACCUGGUACGCAGCACUGGUCCUGGUGGGAGCUUUGCCAAACACAUGGUAGCACAGUGUGUCUCACCAAAAGGACCUCUGGCAUGUUCAAGAACAUACUUUUUUGGAUCUACUCAUGUUCCUUACUUGGGUGAUGAUCACAAGCUGCCCAAGAAUGACAAGCUGCCCGAGAAAACUGAACAAAUUAGGCUCUUGUCCCAGAUAUAUGCUGCUGUUAUUGAGGCUGUUUUGGCUGGCAUUGCAUGUUACACUAAAACUACCAGUCUAACAAAGGCCAAGGAGAUUGCAGAACAGACCCUGGGAUCUUGGCUAGAUUCCUUUGAGUUGGUUAAGUUUAAGGCAGCCCUACGCUCCAAGGUGGCUUUUCAUAUACAUGCUGUGAAUAAUCAGGGAAGAAUUGUGCCUCUGGACAGUGAAGAUAGCUUAUUCUUUGUGAAAACGGCUUGUAUGACUGUCUGUGACAUUCCUGACUUGCUGGGAGGAAGAGGGUGCUUGGGAUCUGUGGUCUUCUCAGAAUCAUUUUUGACAUCUCAGAUCUUGGUUAAAGAAAAAGAUGGCACUGUUACCACAGAGACCAGCUACAUAGUCCUGACAGCUACUAUACCCAGAUUCUGCUCCUGGCUGGUAGAAGAUAAUGAAGUAAAAUUGUCUGAGAAAGCCCAACAAGCAGUGAAGGGGGACGAGUGUUUCCUGGGCACUUUUCUAACAGGAGGAGAAGGAACAUAUCUUUAUUCCAGUAAUCUACAGCCCUGGCCUGAGGAAGGGAAUGUGCAUUUCUUCUCUAGUGGCCUUCUAUUUUCUCACCGUCAUCAUGGAAGUAUCAUCAUUUCUAAGGAUCACAUGAAUUCAGUUUCCUUCUAUGAUGGGGAUUCCACCAGUAUAGUGGCUGCACUUUUCAUAGACUUCAGAAGCUCAUUGCUUCCUCAUCUCCCAGUUCAGUUCCAUGGAUCAAGCAAUUUUCUGAUGAUUGCCCUUUUCCCCAAAUCAAAAAUAUAUCAAGCAUUUUACUCUGAGGUCUUCUCCCCCUGGCAACAGCAGGAUACCUUGGGGCUCUCUUUAAAAGUGAUCCAGGAAGAUGGAUUAUCUGUGGAACAAAAGAAAUUGCACUCCAGUGCACAGAAACUUUUUGGUGCCCUGAGCCAUCCUGCUGGGGAGAAGUGGAGUUCGCUAAAGCUGCUGUCAGCCAAACUUCCAGAGCUGGAGUGGUUUCUUCAGCAUUUCACUGUCAGCAGCAUUAGCCGAGAGCCUGUGAUGCGGACCCAUCUUCCAGUCCUGCUGCAGCAAGCUGAAAUCAGCCCUACUCGGAGAGUAGAAAAUAACAAGGUAAUUAUCAGCAUUGUGACUGGCCUCCCAGGCUGUCAUGCUAGUGAGCUCUGUGCUUUUCUGGUCACCCUGCAUAAGGAGUAUGGCAGGUGGAUGGUGUACCGUCAAAUCAUGGACAGCUCUGAAUGUUUUCAUGCUGCCCACUUCCAGAAAUACCUUUCCAGUGCUCUGGAGGCCCAACAGAACCUCUCUGCCCGCCAGUCAGCCUACAUCCACAAGAAGACCAGGUUGCUGGUGGUGUUACAAGGCUAUACAGAUGUUAUUGAUGUUGUCCAGGCCCUGCAGACUCACCCAGACUCAAAUGUCAAGUCCUCCUUCACCAUUGGUGCUGUCACGGUGUGUGUGGAGCCCCUGAGCUGUUACAUGGAGCACAGAUUUCUCUUCCCUAAAUGUCUUGACCAGUGUUCACAAGGCCUGGUUAAUAACGUGGUGUUCACCAGUCACACUGCGGAGCAAAGGCACCCUCUUCUUGUCCAGCUGCAGAGCCUCAUCAGGGCUGCCAAUCCUACUGCAGCCUUCAUUCUUGCAGAAAAUGGAAUUGUUACCAGGAACGAAGACGUUGAGCUGAUUCUCUCAGAAAAUAGUUUUUCCAGUCCUCAGAUGCUACGAUCUCGAUACUUAAUGUACCCUGGCUGGUUUGAAGGUAAAUUUGAUGCUGGAUCCGCCUUUCCACUAAUGGUUCAGAUCUGUGUAUGGUUUUGCCGUCCUCUAGAGAAGACUCGCUUUGUGGCCAAGUGUAAAGCAAUUCAGUCCUCCAUCAAGCCAAGUCCUUUUUCUGGAAACAUCUACCACAUCCUUGGCAAAGUGAAAUUUUCAGAUUCAGAAAGGACCAUGGAGGUCUGCCACAACACUCUGGCCAACUCCCUAAGCAUUGUGCCAGUUUUGGAGGGACCCACGCCACCUCCUGACUCAAGAAGCACAUCACAGGACAGCAACGGGCAGCAGGAAUGUUACCUUGUGUUCAUCGGCUGCUCCCUGAAGGAGGACAGCCUCAAGGACUGGCUGAGACAGUCAGCUAAGCAGAAGCCUCAGAGAAAAGCUCUGAAGACCCGGGGAAUGCUGACCCAGCAGGAGAUCAGGAACAUCCACGUGAAACGCCAUCUGGACCCCCUGCCUGCAGGCUACUUUUACAAUGGCACCCAGUUUGUUAACUUCUUUGGUGACAAGACUGAUUUUCACCCUCUCAUGGACCAGUUCAUGAACGACUACGUGGAAGAAGCCAAUCGGGAAAUCGAGAGGUACAACCGUGAGCUGGAGCAGCAGGAGUACCAUGACCUCUUUGAGCAGAAGCCCUAGAGGAAGCUGGGCCUGACACCCACUCAAGAUGGACAAAUGAAUGGGUGUCUUAACAGCUCUCUUGGAGGCCCCUCCUAUAGGGACUGUCUCUGUCCUCCUUAGCCUGUGCGUGCUGGCUUGAGUACAUGUUGUCUUUUUCUCUCUGCAACGCUGAAAGCCAUCACCGGCACCACUGAUGGGGGAGGUGGGGGGAGGAGAUCCUCAAGGAUGAAUGGACAGGGCUGCAGGUGCAUACACUGGCAGUCCAGGCUCCUUGGUCUCUGGUAACAGUAUCUCCCUUGGGCUGCUAAAGCACUAUGUGAGGAUGGGGAGAAGCAUUUGGAUUGCAGAGGAGCUUCUGACACUUGGGAGGAAUGUUGGCUUCUUAAAUGGUGGCCAUUCCUGAGAAGCCAGACCACCCCUGGCCUCAGGCCUCAGACAUCACCCAAAACAGCUUUCCUCCCUGAUAGUGCCUGCUGUCCCUGCUUAGGUCUUUCCAUUGAGGAGCUGGCUUUGCUGGCCCUGGGCCCUGUCCAGAGGAGUGGCCAUGAUCCUGCCCAAGCCAACCCACAGAGCCAGCAGCUCAGGCAGAGGUCCAGAGCAUGCUCUAAAAUGAGGGGACUUCCCUUGUGGACUAAACUGAGGGAAAGGCAUGGUGCCUUCCAGAAGUGUGUGGCUCAUAAGUUAGCAUCAGCAGGCCCCCAAGAUUGGUUCUUGAGUUCUUUCCCAUGACAUCACUUGUUAUAUCCCUAAUUCAGAGAUAAGAGCAAGUCUGCCCAGGCACUCAGCAGUGCUUCACCUUCUGGUCAAGGGGAAUGUCCUCCAGCUGGUCUGGGGUCUGGUCACUUGUGGGUAUCAGUCUCCAGCACCCAGCCUUCCCUACAGCCAUGCCAGGGAAGGCCUGGUUUUUAGCUACACACUUGAGGAAAGUCAUGCCCCCAAAGCCUUGCUCCUGAACCCAGGAUUUCUUUGGCUCCUGAGGAACAGGAAUUUCAAAUUCCAAUACCCAAGUUAGCUUUCUCCCAGUGGCUUUUUUUUCUUAACUGACCCAUAAAACAGAAGGGAAUUUAAUUGUGUCCCAUGCCUGAUCCUCAUAACUCGGGAGGAGAGGUGGCACUGAUAUUUAGGUGAUGUCUAGAACUUCAACACCUCAGAUGCUUGGAUUGUAAAUGUUCUCUCAAUUUCACAUAUUUUGCAUGCCUUAGGAAGAAGCACAUAGGUGAAACCAGCAUAGUUUCCUGUAAUGUAGAGGGGUUUUUGAGAAAGGCCCCUGGCACAGAGGAGAGCCAGGACAGAGCACAUGUAAUCUGUGUGCCUGGUCACACAGAGCCCUGCAUGCAGGUAGCAAAGCAAUUAGAAAACAAUUUAUAUUUGAAGCCAAACAAACAAAACCACAAGUACCACUGAAUGAGAAAUCUUGCAUUAAGAAAGGCUUCUGAAAUUCAGGCCCAUGUGCUGUAGUUGCAGUUCACAGGGAGCCCCUGACUUCUGGCUGGCCAGAGGCCAGGAUCCACAAAGGGCCUGCCUCUCCUUCAGAAUCAAUAACGUAGAUCUUAAGUGCAAUUGAUUAAUAAGCAAUGAGUUACUAUAGCCUCUUUUAGCUCUACCGAGCUCUUUUUAAAAACUCAAACUUGAGCAGCCUU